AUGUCGUUGAACUAUGCGCAGGCUUUGUCGCCAUACGAGAACAAGGGAGAAGUUGGUAUGCCUGAGAUAAUGGAUUCACCAGAAGUAAUCGACGAAAAAUGCGGUGAAUUGGCGCAACUGCUUUUACGAAGCAAAUGCGUGUUUGUGGUGACAGGAGCAGGUGGUAUUUCGACAUCUGCCGGAAUCGCAGAUUUCCGUGGACCUAAGGGAGUUUGGACCAUAGAGAAGGAAGGACGUGUCGCCGAAAGCGUUGAUUUCUCACGUGCUCAACCUACGUUAACACACCGUGCUCUAAAAGUGCUUGAAGAACGCGGACUUGUCAAAUUUGUUGUGUCACAAAAUGUCGAUGGUCUUCAUCCGAAAUCUUCUUUUCCAUUGAAUCGCUUAGCUGAACUUCAUGGGAAUGUGUUCUGUGAACAAUGCGAGAAGUGCUCGAGGAGAUACUACCGAGACUUCACGACAGGAACCGUUGGUCUAAGGCUGACAGGUCGGCUAUGUGAAGGCACUCCCAAAGGUCGUACUUGUCGCGGACGACUUCGUGACACGACGCUGGAUUGGGAAGAUGCUUUGCCAGAACCAGAUUUGACGAUAGCGUAUAACUUUGCUAAGAAUGCCGACCUCUCACUGUGCCUUGGAACGUCCCUACAAAUAGUACCAGUUGGUGAUAUGCCACUGUUAGCGCGGAAAAAUGGAGGCAAAAUGGUUACAGUGAAUCUUCAGGCGACUAAACAUGAAAAGAAAACUGAUCUUGCUAUCCAUGGGUUUGUUGACGACGUCAUGUUGAGAGUGUUAAAACACCUCGGAAUAUGGUUGGAUGAUGACAAGGAAAAAAAUGGAGAAAUUGUCUGGAAAUCAAUACAUCCAAUAGAAGAGUUCAAAACCCCGAAAAAUCCACGAAAGCGUCCAUCAGCAAGGAUCAAUAAUGAGGAAUCACCAGAGAAGAAAUGCGCUAAAGUAGACACAAACGGCGUAACUACGGUAUCUGAGGAUUCUGCGCUACAGAUGGAUGUCCCACAACCGUCUGUCUACGAAAAUGGUUGUUCUAAAGUCGAAGAAAACGAAGGCACUGCAAAUAUAAGUCGGAAGGGCACUGAAGAAGUUUGCGAUGAAGAGUCUCGGAUAGAUAGUGUACCGCAGUCUGAGUAUGUAGCCGAAUCUAUGGAAGAAAACAGAAUCGAUAUAGACAAUGAUCACAAUUCAAGCGUGGAGUUCGUCACCCAUGUUUCAGCCGUCGACCUCGACUUCUCCAUCGAUCAAUAA